AUGGAUAGACAAAACACGAUGAUGAGCGACGCAGACAAGCGUUUCCGAACAAGGAUGGCUGAGGCCUUGCCUGGCCUGUCAACCUCGACACAAUCCAUUCACGGUGAUGAUGUCCUCAACUAUGUCGACGAUGUGGCGCCGCCCAUCCACGUUGCCGCGACAUUCCGUUAUCCACGAGAUCCAGAAUACUUGCGAGAACACCAUGAGAGGCCUUCGUAUCCUGUACUGGACGUCGGGGAGCAUUGCUACUCGAGGCAAUCUACGCCGGGAUCGUCACGCCUCGAAGCGGUGUUGUCGUCGAUUCUUGGGCAGCCGUGCAUUACAUAUUCUGCCGGCCUCGCUGCUUUUCAUGCCCUGCUGACCAUGUUGCAACCGAAAAAUGUCUCUAUUGGCGCUGGUUAUCAUGGAUGCCACGGCACCCUCGAGCUCUACGCCCGAGCGUCUGGCACCGUCAUUCUACCGCUCGACUGUGCUGUCGACCAGCUCGGUCCAGGUGACCUGAUUCAUCUCGAGACACCAGUGAAUCCGGACGGACAGGCCUUUGAUAUCCAGUAUUAUGCAGACAAAGCCCAUUCUCAAGGUGCAUAUCUCAGUGUGGAUUCUACGUUUGCACCUCCCCCACUGCAAGACCCGUUUCUCCACGGCGCGGAUAUGGUGAUGCACUCUGGGACGAAAUAUAUCGGUGGUCAUUCGGAUUUUCUAUGUGGCAUCUUGGCUGUCAAGAGUAGUAACAUCGGGGCGGAAUGGCUGCAACAGCUCCAUAAGGAUAGGCUCUUUCUUGGUUCGAUCAUGGCGGGUUUCGACAGCUGGCUUGCUACUAGGAGCAUCCGCACCCUCGAAAUGAGGGUUCUCAAGCAAAGCCAGUCGGCGGAGAACAUUGUUCGCGCAUUACAUGCUGGGUUGGCGGGAAGUCCCCAGCCAUCAGCACUAAGAACUCUCAGUGAUGAAGAAGUUCAAGUCAUCCAAAAGGUGGUUAAGCAAAUCCACCAUGCUAGCCUCCAGGACGAGGCCAAUACGGAAGGAAGCUGGCUACGAAAGCAAAUGCCUCGAGGAUACGGACCGGUAUUUGCCCUAACUUUGAAUGAGGUACGCUUUGCUAGGAACCUUCCGUCCAAGUUGCUGCUAUUCCAUCAUGCUACCAGCCUCGGAGGCGUGGAGAGUUUGAUCGAGUGGAGGACAAUGACCGACUCGACUGUGACAAAGAAUUUUAUGAGGAUUAGCAUUGGUGUAGAAAGCCCGGAAGAUCUCUUUGCAGAUUUGCUCCAAGGAUUGAAAGCUGUUGCGGCUGAAACUAGCUAG